CGGCGUUUUAUCCGUUUGAUGCAUUCCAUGUUCCUACUUGAUGUAUAAUGCCAGAUUAUUCAGAUAUCUUAAGUGGCGAAUGCACAGACCACAUUCUGUCGGAAUUCCGACCUCCAUCUCUUAACACCGACACUGCAACACCGACUGCAACAUGAAGCGAAAGCAACAGCGUCCACCGCGGAAGAAGGCUUGUACGAGCUGCACCAGAUCAAAGGUCCGAUGUAAUCUUGAGCGGCCUGUCUGCGCCCGGUGCAACUCGCUCGGUCGGGUCUGCGAGUACACCACCCCGAUACCACAGCCGGACAGUUUUAUUGCUUCUAUAUCCAGUCCACCGGGAGAUCCCAGUCUGCAUGCUGAAUCAUAUACCCUAAUUAGCCCUGAAACUGGAACUGGAACUGCACUACCAACUCCAAGCCGACAAGAACGGGAUAAUGAGCCUGAACUCGACUUUACAGCCACAGACCUCGUCCCGAAUCAUGCAGCAGACGAGAUCCGCGACCGCUGGCUUCGACCGUACAUUCUCCCGCCGCUGGGAGAGGAGGUGCCUAAGCUGUAUCAUCCGUUCACCUUGCAGUAUAUCUCCCGAGUCCUGAGCAGUUACCCCCGUCGCAUGGUCCGAGACGGUGAUAUCCCGCCGAUAAUCCACCACACCCAAGCCUUGGAGAGGACACCUCUUGCACUGGCGAACUGCUUCACGCUCGUCCGGAUGUGGAUGCAAGCUGCACCAGGCAGCGAGGCGAUAGUUGUACAGACGGUGCAGAAAGAGAUGGACCGGUUAGCGUCUGAGGACCCUAACCUCCCUGAUAUAACCCACUUAUCCACCUUCCAAGCCUACCUCAUCUACUCCCUGCUGCUCUACUUCUCCCCAGGACAAGGUCUAGUAACAGACAAGACCAUGAUAACACUCAUGGAACUGGCUUUCCGCACAGCCCGGCACGGCCUCCUCUCCAGCUCGGAGCUAUCCCGCUCAAGACCAACCUGGGAGUCCUGGAUCGUGGCAUCUACAAAGCGCCGUGCCAUAUACGUCAUGUACCUCUUCAGCAGCUUGUACAAUGCCGAGCACUCGCUUCCGAAUUUCGUGGCGGAGGAGCUGCGCGGUGUUCUGUUGCCUGAGGGUCGGGGGGUUUGGGAGGCGCGGUCUCGUGAAUCCUGGGAUAGAGAGUAUGAUAAGUAUUUACAUGAGUGGGAGGAUGGGAUGAUGGAGAUUUCGGAGCUGUGGAGGUCGGGGGAGACGGGGUCGAGGGCGCGAAGAGACAGGGUUGAGCGGUGGGUGGGCAGUGUCGAUGAGUUUGGGAUGUUUCUGUUUAGUGUUUGUGUGCAUUUGCAUGGAUGUUAAAUCAACAUAAAUCAAACAAAUAGCCAUAGGACAUGAUGUAUUUGGUUGAUAUAAUUGUGGGUAUUGAGUGUCGGAACUCCGACUCGCCCCGCCGCAUAUAAAUUAUAAGUUAAGCACAGCC